AUGUACUCAGACCAAGAGGAAUACAGCAACACCAAUAACGCUAGCUCGCAGAAACUCGGAUCAUUAUUCAAGGACAGCAACAACAUGUCGGGAAACCAGUCGUUGCAAUAUAGCUCAAAGGCACAGGCCGCGGGCGCAUCUGCGCAGCAGAAGCAAGACAUCAUUCUAGGUGCCGCCAUCCAUCUGUUCAAAUAUGAUCAAGCAGGAGACAAGUAUGUCACAGUUGGUAACUACUCCUCAGCGAUCGUCUCCUACAGACCAAAUGGAAAGUAUCAGCUGUUGAUCUAUGACAACAACAGAGCAUCAAUAGUCACUGCCACAAUCACACCAGCAUUCAACUACACUGUCAAUGAACUUUAUGGUAACUUUGUUGAUCAGGGACAGAACUGGUCAAUGUCAUUCAAUACUAAGGAGGACUCGAUCAAGUUUGCUACUCACAUUGCCAUUGCCAAGUGUGCAAGUGGUAACUACCAGGCAGUUGUUGAGAUGGACCUCGGCCCUGCACCCGCCGGCGUGAAGGGCAAAGGCGUCCAGAGCGGAGACCGUGUCUCGAUCAAGUACACUGGAUGGCUCGACAGCAACCAGCGUGUCGGCUCGAUGUUUGACACCAACACCGCUGCGGCCACACCCCUCAGGUUCGUCCUGGGCGAGGGCAAGGUCAUCAAGGGUUGGGACAUUGGUGUCGUUGGCAUGAAGAAGGGCGUCAAGCGUAUCCUGGUCAUCCCAUCAGAGCUGGCCUACGGCAAGGCCGGCCAGUCGUCCAUCCCACCCAACUCAAACCUCAUCUUUGACGUUGAGGUCAUGGGUUCAAAGAAGAAGGAGGGAGCAGCUGAGGAGCCAGCACUGCCAUCGCUCAGCGGUCAGGGUGCCGUGCCACAGCAGAACCUCCCCACCACACUCUUUGAGAGCUCGCCAUCGCCCUCGGAGAAGGCUUCACUAAUGCAGCGUGUCGCCAAGCUGGGCAAGCCAACUGGAUUCACCUCCCCACCACCAUCUGACAAUGAGCACUCUGACAGCCAGUCGUCAACAUCAUCGAGACAAUCCUCAAGUCAGAGGAGUCGUUCAGAUAGCCAUGGUAACAGCGGCAACAACAACAGCAACAACAACAACCAGGGUAACAACAACAACAACAACCAGAACAACAACAACAACAACAACCAGGGUAACAACAACAACAACAACUUCAACAACAAUAACAACAACCAAGGUAACAACUUCAACAACAACAACAACAACAACUUUGGCAACAACAACAACCAAGGUAACUUUGGCAACAACAACAACAACAACUUUGGUAACAAUGGCAACUUUGGCGGCAACAACUUUGGCAACAACAACUUUGGCGCCGGUAACUUUAACAAUGGACCAUUCAACCCGGGCUUCAACCAGGGCUUCAACCCAAUGUACCCACAGAUGUCCUCGCAGAUACUGUCAAUGGGUGGCCAACCCGGCUUAUAUCCACCAGGUGCCAUCGUGCCCCACCAAGGCGCACUCGUGCCACUGCUCCAAGGCGCACCUCAGCCACAGAUCAUCCAUGUUGCACCACCUGCACCAGUCGCCCCAGCUCCAGCACCAGCUCCAGCACCAGCCCCUGCUCCCGCCCCAGCACCAGUCGCUGCUGCACCAGCCCCCGCCACCGCCGAGACUGUUCAGAUGCUCGUCGAGGAGAAGCAAUUCAAGAACGACCUCAAGAAUAGCCUUGCCCACUUUGAUCGCAAGCUCGAUGAGGUCAGCGCCAAGUUCGAGACACUGAAGACUCCCAUCGUCCAGGGUGACAUUGCCAUCUCUGGUCUGCUGUUGGUCCAGUCGCUCUACAAGAUCGUCGAGGACAACGAGAAGUUGGUCAAGGACAACGUCGACAAGGAGGCCAAGCUCUCUCAGUACAAGGAGAGCAUCGCCAUGCUGCACAAGAAGAACGAGCAGUUCCUCGAGGAGAACACCAAGAUUAUCGAGUCGAGAAACGACGCAUACAGCGACAACGUGUCGCUGGCGCGCAAGCAGGUCGUCCAGUUGCAGAAGGAGAAGUCGGCACUCGAGGAGGAGAUGGCCGAGAAGCAAAUCCAGCUCAACAAGGCCCUGAGCCAGAUCAACACAAUGAAGCGCGAGUAUGGUGCCGUCCACGAGGAGCUGCAGGCUCAGCGCGACGAGAUUGCCAAGACCGUCGCCGACCACGAGGCUUCCAGAACCGCCGAGAAGGAGACUGCCGCCAAGGUGCGUGCCCUCAACAAGAUGUUGCUCAACGAGAAGAACCUGCGCAAGACAGACAACGAGCGCAUUGGCACACUCGAGGACGAGCUCAAGGAUGCCCAGGACUCACUGCAGCAGGCCGAGAAGACUCACGAGGAGCUGGUCAAGAAGCUCAAGGUCGACAUCCUGCGCCAGAAGAAGCGCUUCGAGGAGAAGAUCGCUGCUCUGGGCGUCGAGGUCACCGCCGCCAAGGACGCUCUCGAGCAGGAGCGCAAUGCCAUGGGCUCAGUCAGCACUCUGAUCGAGAACGCCAAGAAGGAGGUCGAGGAGCAGUUCAACCUGCAGAUUUCAAAGAAGAACGAGGAGAUCACCGCCUCGGAGCUGCUGGUUGCCACCGAGCGCUCGCAGGUCUCUGGUCUGAAGCGCGAGCUCGACAACCUCAAGGCUUCAAUGGAGUCAGUCGCACAACAGCUGGACGAGGAGAAGGCCAACGUGCACAAGUCCUACGAGAAGGGCUUCAACGAGGGAAUGAACAGCAGCAACAAUGCCAACGACGCAAUUGAGAAGCUCGUCGUUGAGAAGGAGGAGAUCUACAAGAAACUCGAGACCUCGAUCAAGGAGAACAAGGAGACUGCUCUGAAGCUCAAGGAUGUCAACAAGCAGUUGGAGGAUGAGAAGGCCAAGCCACCCGUAGUAGUUGCCGCACCCGCAGCAGCCGCCGCCCCCGCCGCCAAGGCUGACAUUACCGCUGAGGUCAAGGGAUUGAUGCAGAAGGUCUACGUUGGCAUUGCAGAGGAGCUAGAGGAGGACGAGACAUACAGCACCGACGACAUCCUUAGCACAUUCAAGGGUGUCAUCAAGAGAACCACUGUCGAUUUCCUUCAAUCAAAGCAAGAGGAGAAGGCACAAGAGGAGGAAGAAGAGGAGGUCGAAGCCGAGGAGGCAGAGGAGGAGGAGGAAGUCGAGGAUGAGACUGAAGAUCAGUCAGUCCCAGAGCCAACACCAGCUCCAGUCUCAGCCCCUGUCGUUGAGGAGACUACCCCAUCUACAACCACUACCACCGUCACUGAGGCACCAAAGCCAGUUGAGCCCUCAAGCGUUGAUAUGGAUGGUGAUGACGAUGACGACGAUGAUGUGGACAUUGAUGAUGAGGCACUCAACAAGGAGAUUGAGGCCGAGCUUGCUCAAAUAGAGAAGGAGGAGCAAUCUGAGCCCGCUGCUGAGCCAGUCGUCGAGACCUCCGCUCCAGCUGUCGCCGAGCCAGUUGCUAUUGUCGAGCCUGUUGUCGAGCCAGUCGCUGUUGUCGAGCCAGCCGUCGAGCCAACCGUCGAGCCAGUUGCUAUUGUCGAGCCAGUUGUCGAGCCAGUCGUUGAGUCCGCCCCAGCCGCCGAGCCAGUCACCGAAUCAACUCCAGAUGUUAAGCCAGCUGAGGAGAAUGACGAUGAUGACGAUGAUGAUGACGAUGUAGAGGACGAGGUUGUCGUUGAGGAGGAGCCAGCCAUCCCACCACCCAUCCCAGAGGAUGAGGUCAAGACACCAGUCGCAGUUCCAGAGAUUGAUGAGGAGGAGGAGGAGAUCAAGACACCUGCCGUUCCAGAGAUUGAUGAGGCAGAGGUUGAGCCAACACCAUCCGUCACCUCAUCGACUGCCGCCACCAAGCACGAGUCCGACGCAUCGGACGACUCUUUCGAGAAGAUCCCAACAUCAUCCCCACCAGGACUCGAGACUGAUGAGGAAGCCUACGAGAUUGAGUAUGAGGAGGAGACACAGGCACCACCACCCGUGCCAGAGCCAGAGGUUGAGGAGGUCCCAACUCCAGCUCCAGCCGUCGAGGAGACCCCAGCCCCAGCCCCAACUCCAGCUCCAGUCGUUGAGGAACCAGCCAAGCCAACUCCAAAGAAGUCCUCUUUCUUUGACUUUGAGGAUUCAAGCCCAUUCAGCAUGGACGAGCCAAAGAAGACAUCGGCCGUCUCUGGCGCAUCGCCAUUUGACGAUCCAUUCGCCAGCACCACACCAAGCACAGCCACAACCACACCCAAGAAGGACUUCUUCUCUGACGACUCGCUGUUUGGCGGUUCGUCCGAGUCCUCAGAUCUCUUUGCCAGCUCAUCGUCGACCAAGAGCAGCGAGCCCAAGGCCUCGACCUUCAACUCAGACUCACUGUUUGGCAGCGACUCAUUUGGAUUCAAAUCAUCGCCCACCGUCAGCAAGCCCAAGCAAGACUUCUCAUCCCUGUUUGGUGCCGAUCCACUGGCCUCUCUAACAGCUUCCACCGAUGAUGAGGAGAAGACCAAGGAGGACAACUUUGUUCUGCCACUUUAA